CCAAGUGAAGACGGCGCAAGUUCCACAAAUGGCAGAGGAGGGAAGUGCGACGAUGUGUGCGGAAGAAUUGCAGAACGGGCUUGAAUUUCUACUAGAUCCAGUCGACAGAUUUCCGCUGAAUGAGGUCACCGCCGACGUUGAGCGGCCAGAUCCGCUGGUGCUGGUGGACGUCCGGCGGUCGGCGCCAGCAACUGCCGACUCAUCUUCCGCAAGUGUAUUUGGUCAUAUCGGCGCUUCAACUCACCAUGUCAGAUCCCCUUGCAAGAGGCCGCUCUCACCAACGAAAUCUGCUGAGUCCACUGGGAAGGUUAACCCAGAGGCACCAGGGCGGACGAGGAGGCUUCGAAUUGGGCGCGCUCCCCUUGAUAGAGUUCCGUGUGCUGGUAGAGUAACUCCAUUGGAAGAAACCAUAAGGAGAUAUGCCGACAAACCUACAGAAAGUGUAGUAAAGCCGCAGAUUGGGAUGAGUUUUGAUUCCCUUGGGGAAGCUUAUGAUUUUUAUAAUCUAUAUUCGUGGGAGCUUGGAUUUGGUAUACGAUAUGGCAAGAGUCGUCUCAAUGUUGAGAGGACUAAAUGUAUGCAAGAGAUUGUUUGUGGAUGCUCGGGGAAACCUGAGCAGCAGAAUAGCAGAUCUUGCCGUUGCGAGUGCCCUGCGAUGGUGAGGUUACUAAGAGCUGCAGACAAUGGAUGGUACAUUGCUGAGCACCGGGCAAGCCACAAUCAUUCGCUAUCUCUUACAUGCGGGGAAAAGGUUCACUGGCCAUCCCACAAACACACAGAUGUGUACACAAAGGAUCUCGUGAAACAGCUUAGGGAAAACAAUCUGAACCUCAACAAGGUGUAUAGCAUAGUUGGGAGCUUCUUCGGAUCAACACAGAGCGUGCCUUUUACAAAAAGGUCAUUGCGCAAUCUGUGCGAGAGAAUAAGCAGAGACCAAGCUGAUGAUGAUGUCAACAAAACCCUUGCCGUCUUCAAAGAGAUUCAGCAGAACGACCCGGAAUUCACAUAUAGGGUCUAGGGUGACGAGGAAAGCAGAAUAAAAAACCUUAUGUGGACAAAUGGAAACAUCAAGCUGCAGUACAAGUUCUUUGGCGAUGUUGUCACAUUCGAUACAACAUACCGGACAAACUUGUAUGACAUGCCAUUUGGUUUGUUCGUGGGAGUGAACAAUCACUUCCAAAGCAUAAUACUAGCUGGAGUGCUGAUGCGCGAUGAACAAGUAGAGAGCUUCCAAUGGGUAUUUUCUGAGUUCAUCAACAUGAUGGGCGGGAAACACCCGCAGACAAUAUUGACAGACCAAGCACGAGCCAUGGAGAUAGCAAUCCAAAGCGAGCUCCCUAAUACUGUCCACAGGUGGUGCAAGUGGCAUGUGCUUAAAAAGGCAAAAGAAAGCCUUGGCCCUCUGUACACAAGCAAGAGCGAGUUCAGGGCUGAGUUCCACAAAGUGGUGAAUCACAUGAUAAGCGUGGAGGAAUUUGAGAUGGCAUGGGGUUCACUUGUAGAGAAAUAUAAUCUGAAAUCCCACAAUUACAUGACAAACCUGUACGAGAUACGACACAAGUGGGCUAAGCCAUACUUCAAGGGAGUGUUCUGUGCAAAAAUGACCAGCACUCAGCGUAGCGAGAGCGCCAACAACAUGCUUAAGAUUUACAUGCCGCCAGCUAGCCCAAUGCAUGUAUUCGUGCGUCAGUACAUGAGGCUUCAAUUCGACCGUGAAUCAGAUGAAAGCUACCAGGAAAAAAGAACAAGGAUUAGUGGUGCUGUCAUGAGGACAAACAUUGCUACCGAAAGGCACGCAAGUAAGGUUUAUACACGAAAGAUGUUUGAAAUAUUUGGUGAAAAUCUGUAUGAGGGUGGAUCUUACCAAGUUGAAGAAGUGGAGAGGAAAAAGAAAUACAUUGCAAGGCACAAUGACGCCGAAAAACGGGAAAGGUGGAGCAAGGUUGAAUAUGUGGUGACCAUAUCCGACGAUGGGGAGUGGUUUGAUUGUGAAUGCGGGCAGUAUGCACACAUGGGGAUGCUUUGUUGCCAUGCAUUAAAGGUGAUGGACCACAUUGGCGUGCAGGAGAUACCUAAACGGCACAUUCUAAAAAGGUGGACAAAAGAUGCUAGGGACAUAUUGCCACAACACAUUGCUCACUUCCAGAAAGAUCACGCUGCUAAUCAGUCCUUUACCUGUCGGAGUUCGACUCUGUACCUGCAUGCUAUGGAACUCGUGAGGAUUGGAGACUCGUCGGUAGCUGCCUACGAGCUAGUACUAACAAAGGUAAAAGACCUGAUCGUUGAGGCAUCUCCGUUAGCUGAAAACAGAGAUGGUCUUGGAAUUGAGGAUAGGAUAGUUGCAGAAGCAAGCAAAAAGAAAAAUGGCUCAGUAAUGGCGGUGGGAAGCAUCGAUCCGGAGGUGGCCGCAAAUGAGAACAGCGUAACCGCAUCUGGCAACUGGGAUGCGCUCGCUGUACUGUCAGCUCCAGCAAAAAAACGAGGUGUAGGUAGACCAUGCUCAAGCAGAGAGAAAGCACCGUAUGAAGGCCUGAGCAAGAGGACGAGAUUCUGCAGUAUAUGUAAGCUUCCAGGGCACAAGAGGACUACAUGUCCAGAUCGCGGUGAUGUUCCUAAACAACCUCGCAAGCCUGCCACUUGCAAGAAUUGCGGUGUCACAGGGCACCGGCGCACCUCGUGCACUAGGCCGCUCGUGCCCAACGCAUGAUACAAUUUACGUUGCAACCAUGUAGACGUAGAGUACUGGUGGAUUUUUCCAACUGUGUUGCAUUUUUAUGAAUUUCCAUAUUUGCUUGUACUGACUGUAACCUCUGUUCUGAAUAAUCUGUUACUCCCUCCGUUUCAUAAUACAUGACUUUCAUUUGUCAAAAUAUAGAUGUAUAUAGACAUGUUUUAGUAUA